CCUUGAGCAGCAGGCUGAUUGCUUCCCCUCAGCCGCAUUUGGUAUGCAUGAGCACUGCUGCUCCAAGACAGGAGGUUGCUUUCUUAAGGAGGAUCAGUGGCUACAGCAAAUCCACUUUGCCAGCCUUCUCGCCGCGUGCCGGCAAGGCGCCUUGCUACCUAGGGAGCUGCACGUGCAGACGGGGCGAACAUGGGAUGUCCAAGCGGUGGCGGAUCCUUGCUUUGGUAGGCACUGUCAGAUUCACAGCUGAUUUUUCCAGUGGAAUUUGUGGAGGGUGAUGAAUCAAACCGAUGCUCCCCGGCCGCUAAACUGGACCAUCCGGAAGCUGUGCCAUGCCGCCUUUCUCCCAUCCGUCAGACUUCUUAAGGCACAGAAAUCAUGGAUAGAAAGAGCAUUUUACAAGAGAGAAUGCGUUCAUAUCAUACCCAGCACCAAAGACCCCCAUAGGUGUUGCUGUGGGCGUCUAAUAGGUCAACACGUUGGACUGACUCCAAGCAUCUCCAUUAUUCAGAAUGAGAAAAAUGAAAGCAGGCUUACUCGAAAUGACAUCCAAUCGGAGAAGUGGUCCAUCAGCAAGCACACACAGCUCAGCCCCACAGAUGCUUUUGGAACCAUCGAGUUCCAAGGAGGCGGCCACUCCAACAAAGCCAUGUAUGUACGCGUGUCUUUUGACACAAAGCCUGAUCUUCUUCUGCACCUGAUGACCAAAGAGUGGCAGCUUGAGCUCCCAAAACUUCUCAUCUCUGUGCAUGGGGGCCUUCAGAAUUUUGAACUUCAGCCGAAACUCAAGCAAGUCUUUGGAAAAGGCCUCAUUAAGGCUGCCAUGACAACUGGAGCAUGGAUAUUCACUGGAGGAGUAAACACAGGAGUCAUUAGGCAUGUUGGAGAUGCCCUGAAGGAUCAUGCCUCAAAAUCUCGCGGGAAGAUCUGCACUAUCGGUAUAGCUCCCUGGGGCAUUGUUGAAAAUCAAGAGGAUCUUAUUGGCAAAGAUGUGGUCCGACCAUAUCAGACGAUGUCCAAUCCCAUGAGUAAGCUGACAGUGCUCAACAGUAUGCAUUCCCACUUCAUUUUGGCUGACAAUGGCACUACUGGUAAAUAUGGAGCAGAGGUGAAACUUCGUAGGCAGCUGGAAAAGCACAUUUCACUUCAGAAGAUAAAUACAAGAAUUGGUCAAGGGGUCCCAGUGGUGGCCCUCAUUGUGGAAGGAGGUCCCAAUGUUAUCUCCAUUGUUCUGGAGUACCUGCGAGACACUCCUCCCGUUCCUGUUGUGAUAUGUGACGGCAGUGGCCGAGCAUCUGACAUCCUUGCCUUUGGACACAAAUAUUCUGAAGAAGGAGGGUGA